AACAUCAAUCUUGACAACGAUUAAGCUUCGAAAAGAUGUACAAACUGGAUCCAUCCAAUUACUCCGUUCUAUGAAGAUCCUCGUCGUCUGCCUGAAUUCCUCUAAACACAAAGGAAACCCUGAUACCGGAAGUCAAAUAGAGUCGAACCACAAUGUGACAAGACGCACUGCACUGUGUUUUACCGUUCAGAGUGCUCAGCUAGAUAAUAGCUCUGAUGCAUCCCCACUACCAUACGUUAAUGACUCUACUUUCAAGUUGUUUGUCAUGGAUUCCUACUCUCUGAGUUCACGGUCAUACAAAGAACCUUGUUUAAUUGCCCCCCACGGGGUGCACUUUACCGAGAAGAUCCUUCAGAUUCUGUAUCGAAACGUCGUCGAUCCACUUUCUUCCGACAGCAGCCAGUGUCAGCAUUCCGCAAUCCACAUUCCAACACUUAAAUACUUUUGUUGCGCCUCGUCUGGCCUGCAUUCUAGUCGAGAUUGCCAGAGUUGCCAAGAACAGCGUUCUACUAUCAUUAUAGAUACAUCUUCGAGACAUGGCCUGGGUCUGCUGUGACGUUUAGAAUUGCUAGUCUGACAUCUUCCGUUGAGGAAGUCGACCCUUCAACGUAGGAUACACUGUGUAGUCCAACGUAUUAAGAAUGUAAAUGUUCGCAUAGUACAUCGUAUCCUCAUGAUCGGCCGGCAACAUAUAUUCUCAGCGUUCGACCAAGUUGAAUUAACAAAUAUAUUGGUGAGCAUAAA